GUCAAGCUCGGGAUCCACUGCGUGUUGGGCAAGAAGGUGGCGAUCAAAAUCAUCAACAGGGAAAAGCUGUCGGAGUCGGUGCUGAUGAAAGUGGAACGAGAGAUUGCGAUCAUGAAACUGAUCGACCAUCCUCACGUGCUCGGCCUCUCGGAUGUGUACGAGAACAAGAAAUAUCUAUAUCUUGUUCUGGAACACGUAUCGAGCGGGGAGCUUUUCGACUAUCUAGUGAAAAAAGGUAGACUAACACCGAAGGAAGCGAGGAGAUUUUUUCGACAAAUCAUUUCUGCGUUAGAUUUUUGUCAUAGUCAUAGUAUAUGUCAUAGAGACUUGAAGCCUGAAAAUUUAUUGUUGGACGAGAAGAAUAACAUUAAGAUAGCGGAUUUUGGAAUGGCGUCGCUGCAACCUGCCGGUUCCAUGCUGGAAACCAGCUGCGGCUCCCCUCAUUACGCCUGCCCGGAAGUUAUACGAGGUGAAAAAUACGACGGCAGGAAGGCGGACGUUUGGUCGUGCGGGGUGAUACUCUACGCGCUUCUGGUAGGCGCUUUGCCCUUCGACGACGACAAUUUAAGGAAAUUGCUGGAGAAAGUGAAGCGAGGCGUGUUUUACAUACCGCACUUCGUGCCGCCCGAGUGCCAGAAUCUGCUCAAGGGGAUGAUCGAGGUCGAUCCGGACAAGAGACUGACGCUGGCGGAGAUAAACAGGCACGUGUGGGUGACGGCGGCGGGCAAGGGCGAGUUAGAGUUGGAGCUGUCGAUGAUGGACGUGGUGCAGACGCACGUUAUUCCGUCCGUGGACGCCAUCGAUCCAGACGUUUUGCAAGCGAUCGCGAGCCUAGGCUGCUUCAAGGAACAGGACAAGCUCAUUCAGGAACUCCUCAAUCCGAACCACAACACGGAGAAGGUGAUAUAUUUUCUGCUGCUGGAGAGGAAACGAAGAAGACCCGCGUGCGAGGACGAGCUGGAAGUGAUGAGAGGAGGCAUAAGGGGGUCCUCGGGUGAAUUGGAAGCUGAUCCACCGAGGAAGCGAGUGGACACGUGUCGAGUGAACGGCAGCACGGCCCUGAAUCUCGGGGAAAUUAGCCACGGCUCUCCUCUCACGCCCAGAAGACAGUUGAGCACCAGGAAUCACGCGCGUCGUUCUCCAAGCGCCGGAUGUCAUCCACACGCGUCGACGCCCGGCAGCUCGCCGUUACACGGGCCGAAUGCCGUCGCAGGACUGCUCAGUCCUCACAGGGCGCUUCUGACCUCGCACCUAGGACAGGCCGGAAGUCCUCACAGACUGCCGGCGCUGACGAGCAGCGCGGGCAACGGGAACACCACUGCGCCGCCUGUCGUCGCUCCUGUCCCGGCAUUACCCAACGUGGGAAUAGAAAUAAACGACGUCCAGCAGGUCGGGGUCGGUGUUACACCGCCAGGCUCGCCUCAUACCGGUGCCGGUUCCGGUGCUCAUCACUGGCGAUCGAGGUUGACCACCAUCAAGAACUCGUUCCUUGGCAGUCCUCGAUUUCAUCGGCGCAAAUUGCUCACGAGUGCCGAGGAGGUGCACCUCACACCGGACUCCUCCCCGGAACUUACAAAGAAAUCGUGGUUCGGUAGUCUAAUGACGACGGAGAAAGACGAAACGUUCACCAUCCUCGUAAAGAGAAAAGUGCUGGCCAGCGUGAAAGCUGAUCUAAUUCACGCGUUUUUAUCGAUAGCGGAGCUGUCUCACAGCGUGAGCUCGCCCAUGUCCUUCAAGGUGGAAUACAAAAGAGGAAGCACGGCGCCGGCCAUGUUCCAACGACAAGUCCGUUUUCAAGUGGACAUUAGCGCCAUUUCGAAACAGCCGAGCGAACCGUUGUUCGCCAUUACUUUCACUCUGUUAAGCGGAAACAUCCGAAGAUUUCGAAGGGUCUGCGAGCACAUCCAGUCGCAGGUCUGUUCGAGAAACGUAGGAAUAAAUUUGGGUGGACAGAGCAGAGCCGCGCCACCGAGUCCACGAGCUUCGCGGAAAUUUACCACGGAGAUGAACGAAAGUUCCAGCUGCGGGAGCGACACCAGCGAACGUUUGUUUCUUAGCCCGCACCCAGCUACCAGACAGAUCGACUCGGACAUCGACUCGGACACGUCCGUGUUCGACGUUAAAUCGCCGACUCGCGAGAACGGCCGCAGAAGCUCCACGUCGACCAACAACAACAAACCUUUACCAGGAGACGCGACACCGACUCCCGGAAGUCCGACGAAGGCGGUGCGCAGCAACUCGGAGAGUCAAAACACGCCAGAGAAGAAAUGCGUGACCACGAUGAGCGGCAACAACAUAGCGUGAUACUACCAGAACUUCCGUUUCGAGUUUCGAUCAAGCCUGAAGAACUUGUGGGACAGCGCCCAGAGAUUCUGGUGAACCCUCGGACGAACAGCUUCCUACUGGCGGAUAACGAUCGAGAAACGAUCCAACCCCGAGGAAGCAACGACAACCCUGAAACGUAGCUUCGACCCAGUACUGGAUAGAUUUCGAGGAAGCAUUACCGAAAGCACGGAUUAACGUUGGAAGAGACGACAAACGGGGAACAGCGAGCAUACCGUUCAGGGGUAACGAUGAAUUAUUUUUGUCACGAACGUACGAACGGGAGACCGAGAAAUAAAUUCGACGAGCGACGAAAGCGACCGAGAGAGAAUUUCGGGAGAAAAUUCCGAAAGAAAAUUCCGAGAGAGAGAGAGAGAGAGAGAGA